UUUUUCCGGCAAACGGCAUGACGUGUGCCGCAGUUCCUGAAAAAUGUCUGUUGUUGGCAAGCCGUGCGCUAGUCUUUGCGCCUUGGCGAUUUUAUUUGUUUGCUGUAUUUCAUGGAAACAUUCCAUAGUCGGUGUGAGGGAUGCCCUCCUUCUGGCAGGGCGAACUUUUCUGCUGUUGUGUUCUAUCACCUUUGCAUCGUACUUGUAUCCGCGAAUGAAAGCCCUCCUUUUCCCACCACCAUGUCAGGAGGAGACUGAGGGACCAGAGGAUGCUGAAGCUAGGCUGAAACAAGACAUUGCGAGACGGGUGCAGCAGGCAAAGUUAAACAAUAAGGCCUCUCACUAUCAAGAGAAUGUGCAAAAGCCAAAGCAAGAGGCUCGUCUGAGAAAGAAAGAGGAAAACUUUUAUGCCAUGACUGGAGAAACCUGGAGACUGACUGAAGGACGACAAUUAGGGGAAGGAGAGUUGGGUGACCAGGAGGACAUAGAAGAGCAGGAUGAGUUAACAGCCCAGCAGAGGGCUAUCCGAAGGAGAAAACUACCAGCGAUGGCUUACCAGGGACCAGACAAAAAAGACCCCCCACUGGCUAAAAGAGUUAUUGUUUUGCCAGAUGAACCACCAGUAGAUGCAGAAGGGGUUGUAAAUGUGGCAUUAAGAUGUCUAAGCGGAAGAACAUUAAAACGGAGAUUUCUGAAGUCUCACCCAUCUACUGUUCUUGUGGACUGGAUGUUUAAGAGUGGAUACCAUCCAGCAGUGUAUGCCAUUUGUGAGCCCUAUCCACGACGACCAUUACAGACUGAGGAACACCUCACAUUGGAGGAUGUUGGUAUUGUAAGGAACACUGUGCUCAAUGUGGAGGAGAAAGACCCAUCCACAACAUAAGGAAUGACACACCUCCCCAAGACACCCAAGGAAACACUUCUUGGUUACAUAAAAGUGUAUUUUUGUAUCCAGAUGCUGGUGAAUAAUCACUAAUAAUCCUGUUUUAAGUGCCAUAUUUCACAAUGGUUUCCUCUGUUACUUUAAGGCUUUUAAGGAUAUUUUGUCAUACUUCUUAUUUAGCAAGUCAUAUACAGAAAUAAUAGGGUGAUAUGUAUGGUUUUCAUUUGGUGCAUUAUAUCACUCAUGUAGGGAAAGUUAGCUUUGGAGUUAAUAGUGUCAGAAAUGUCAGGAAUUACCCUAACUUGUGGUACUGAUUUAAAAAAAGAAAAUGACAAAAAAAAAUGUUUUUCUUUUUACUUGAGAAAGGUCAAGCAACUUGCCAACCUCUAUAUGUUUAACCGUUCUGACCAUAUGAUGAUCCAUCAUUAAUGAUGUAAUAUCACUGAAACACUUAUGAGGUCAAUCUAUUGUAAACUGCAUGUGCUCUAUAAAAGAUGCCAUUCCAAAGAUUCUGAUACCCUGAUUUAUACCCGUAGAAGGAGAUUAUAUACAGGACAUGACUUGGUUUGCAGAGGCCAGACGGUGUCUAGGUUUAAGGUGGAACUGUGUGUUCUGUAAUUGUUGUGUUUGCUUGAAAUGGUAGUUGAGACCUUGGCGUGCAUAAUAGAUCCUAUCAGGUUAAUAACUCCUAGAGACAUUUCUGCACUUUCCAUCAGGAUUCCAUUUACAGUAUUUGCCAUCCAUGUAUUGAGUUUGAUCCAUUGGAAUAUAAGCCUGGAAUAUUUUACAGGGUAUUUAAGCCAUCUGGUGCAGGGUUUGUUAUUUUUAUCCAGUUCCAGUGGACAAUGUGUGCUAAUGUUUUCAGGUGCUUUAUGAUCUGUCCUGCUCUGCUGUGCACAACCUUUCAAUGUUUCUAUUUUUAAUAAAUACAUUUUGUAUCAGU